AUGAUGCCAACCCACCCGCAACACGAAGUACAUCGUUCCUCGCUCGAGAACCCCGAGGACUUCUGGUCCCAGCAGGCUGCCUCUCUUAACUGGCAUCGGAAGCCGUCACGUGCUCUCCGCCGGACGGUCAAGUCGCUCCCCAGCGGCGCCAGUCACGACCACUGGGCCUGGUUCCCUGACGGCGAGAUCUCCACGACCUAUAACUGCGUGGAUCGGCAUGUGCAGAGCGGCAAUGGGGACAAUGUGGCCAUUAUCUGGGAUUCGGCCGUGACGGGGGCCAAGGAGAAGUAUACAUAUCGCCAGUUGCUUGAUGAAGUCGAGGUGCUGGCUGGGGUGUUGCGAGAGGAAGGGGUGCGGAAGGGGGAUGUAGUGAUCAUCUACAUGCCCAUGAUUCCUGCCGCGCUGAUCGCCGCGCUGGCCAUCACCCGGUUGGGAGCCAUUCAUGCCGCCGUGUUUGGUGGCUUCGCGCCCAAAUCGCUGGCGCAGCGCAUUGAAGCGGCCAAACCACGCGCCAUCAUGACGGCCUCGUGCGGCAUUGAAGGAUCCAAGGGCCCCAUUGCCUAUCGACCGCUCGUCGAGGGCGCCAUCGAGACGAGCAGUUUCAAGCCCGAAAAGGUCAUUGUGUGGCAGCGGGAUCAGCUGCGGUGGAAUCAGCCCGAUAAACGGGGCGGGCAGCGGAAUUGGCAGCGUUUGGUGAAAAGCGCACGCAUGCGCGGUAUCAAGGCUGGACCGGUUCCGGUGAACAGCGCGGAUGCACUGUAUAUCAUCUAUACCAGCGGAACCACCGGGCUGCCGAAAGGAGUGGUCCGGGAAGCUGGUGGACAUGCGGUGGGCCUGCAUCUGUCGAUCAGAUCGCUGUUCGGCAUCCAAGGCCCGGGCGACGUCAUGUUUUGCGCCUCCGAUAUUGGCUGGGUCGUCGGACAUUCGUACAUUUUGUACGGCCCGCUCCUGGUUGGGGCCACAACCGUGCUGUUUGAAGGGAAGCCUGUCGGGACGCCAGACGCCGGGACGUUCUGGCGGGUUGCCGAGGAGCAUAAGGCCAACGUCCUAUUUACGGCGCCGACGGCGAUGCGCGCCAUUUGGAAAGACGAUCCCGACAAUAACCUCUUCAAAGAGGUUGCCCGCCGCGGCGGGCUCAAACACUUCCGAGCUCUUUUCCUCGCAGGCGAGAGAAGCGAGCCCAGCAUUAUCCACGCGUACCAAGACCUCCUGACCCAGCAUGCUGCUCCGGGUGCGACGGUGGUGGACAAUUGGUGGUCAUCCGAGUCCGGGUCGCCCAUCUGCGGCGUGGCGCUGAAGAGCGCAAUAGGCACGGCGCAGCAGGAAGGAGACGAGCCAACACCGUUGCCCAUUCGACCCGGGUCGGCAGGACUGCCAAUGCCAGGGUUCGACGUCCGGAUCGUCAACGACGAAGGUCACGAGGUUCCCCGGGGCACGAUGGGCAACAUUGUCCUCGCCAUCCCGUUGGCCCCUACUGCCUUCACGCGACUAUUCAACGAUGAGGAGAGGUUCUACCGCGGGUACUUGAAGCGGUUCGAGGGGCGAUGGAUCGAUACGGGCGAUGCGGGCGUCAUCGAUGAAGAUGGCUACGUGCAUGUGAUGGCUCGAUCAGAUGAUAUCAUCAACGUAGCGGCGCAUCGGUUCAGCACAGGAGCAAUCGAACAAGCCAUCCUCUCCCACCCAGAAAUCGGCGAAGCCAGCGUCGUAGGCAUCCCAGACGCCUUAAAGGGCCACCUCCCAUUCGCCUUCAUCCAACCGCGCGCAUCCGGGGGCCCGUUACCCGCAACGCCACGGAGCGAGCUCUUCAGCGAAGUCAACAGUCUCGUGCGAGAUCAGAUCGGCGCCAUCGCGUCGCUCGGCGGCAUGAUCCAAGGCCGGGGCAUGAUUCCCAAGACGCGCAGCGGGAAGACGCUGCGUCGCGUGCUGCGGGAGUUGGUGGAGCACGGGGCAAGCGGGGAUUAUAACGCGCCGGUCAGCGUGCCUCCUACGGUUGAAGACGCUGAGGUGGUGGAGAUUGCGCGGCGGAGGGUCCGGGAGUAUUUUGAACAGAGGAAGCGAGAGUCAGCGAAGUUGUAG